CAGGGCGGGACCGGCCGACCGGGCGCUGGGAGUGGCUCUGCCGGAGAGACUCGUCAGCGCGGAGCUUCGUGAGACUGAAGGUCCAGUAUUUACAAGACACCAGAUUCCAAACUUGGACAACUAGAGAUGUCUGGCACAUACGAUGAUUCUCUUGGACUAGAGGUUUCUAGUGAUAGUUUCUGGGAGGUUGGAAAUUAUAAGCGGACGGUAAAACGCAUUGAAGACGGUCAUAGACUUUGCAGUGAUCUUAUGAACUGUAUUCAUGAGCGUGCAAGAAUAGAGAAGGUCUAUGCUCAGCAGCUAACAGAAUGGGCAAAAAGGUGGAAGCAACUUGUAGAGAAAGGUCCUCAGUAUGGGACAGUUGAAAAGGCUUGGCAUGCAUUUAUGCUUGAAGCGGAAAAAGUGAGUGAGCUACACCUCGAUAUAAAAAGUGCCCUAAUGAAUGAAGACUUUGAAAAGAUUAAAAACUGGCAAAAGGAAGCCUUUCACAAGCAAAUGAUUGGUGGAUUUAAGGAGAUGAAAGAAGCAGAAGAUGGCUUUAGGAAAGCCCAGAAACCCUGGGCCAAAAAGCUGAAAGAGGUGGAAGCUUCCAAGAAAGCAUACCAUGCAGCCUGCAAAGAAGAAAAACUUGCAGUAUCCAGAGAGGCAAACAGUAAAGCUGACCCAACCCUGAAUCCAGAACAGCUAAAGAAACUGCAGGACAAAAUGGAUAAAAGUAAACAGGAUUUGCUGAAGACAAAAGAAAAGUAUGAAAAAUCUCUUAAAGAGCUGGACAAUGCUACACCGCAGUAUAUGGAAAACAUGGAGCAAGUUUUUGAACAAUGUCAACAAUUUGAAGAAAAACGCCUCCGUUUUUUCCGAGAAGUGCUGCUGGAAGUUCAGAAACAUCUGGACUUAUCUACUACUGGAAGCUACGAAAAUAUUUAUUGUGAACUGGAGCAGAACAUCAAAGGAGCUGAUGCUGUUGAAGAUCUGAGGUGGUUCAGGGCCAAUCACGGUCCAGGCAUGUCGAUGAACUGGCCUCAGUUUGAGGAAUGGUCAGCUGACUUGAACCGUACUCUCAGUAGAAGAGAGAAGAAAAAGGCUGCGGAUGGAGUGACCCUGACUGGCAUUAACCAGACGGGAGACCAGCACAACAAAAACAGCAGCAACCUUAGUGUCCCGAAUAACACAGUGCAGUCAGUACAGUCAAGUUACAAUCCCUUUGAAGAUGAAGAGGAUACUGGAAGUACUGUCAGUGAAAAGGAGGACAAUAAAAUCAAAAAUGUUAGCAGCUCUGAGAGAAACCAGAGUUAUCCCACAGAGUGGUCUGAUGAAGAGACCAGCAAUCCAUUUUCCUCCACUGAUGCACAAGGAGAAACAAAUCCCUUUGAUGAGGAGGAGGCCUCACCUGCCAUGGAGGUGCGAGUCCGAGCCCUGUAUGAUUAUGAGGGUCAAGAGCAUGAUGAACUCAGCUUUAAGAUUGGGGAAGAGCUAACUAAAAUAGAAGACGAAGAUGAACAAGGCUGGUGCAAGGGACGUCUGGAUAGCGGACGAGUUGGUCUGUAUCCAGCAAACUAUGUGGAACCAAUACAGUGAUAACUUCUUUUUAGAAGUACUGCAGAAAUUGUUGGUCUGCACAAUAUUUGUGGCUCACAGU